UUUUCCUGGAGAAAAAAAAAAGACCCAUUAAAAAACACAAUAGGCAAGGAGAAGCUGUACCGGAGAAGUUUUCCUUCUUUGCCCCCAGUUUUUGGCCCCGCGGCGGGGCAGGACAGCAAGGACAGGCCGGCAGGGAGGGAGGGGGAGAGGAGAGGAGACCGUAUGAUGUGGAUCUGGUACCUUCUGCUUGGUUCGGGGUCAGGCUCGAGAACUGUUGAGAGCCAGCUGCUCCCAGGGAAUAACUUCACCACAGAGUGCAACAUCCCUGGAAACUUCAUGUGUGGAGAUGGGAAGUGUGUCCCAGGUGGUUGGCAGUGUGACGGAUUGCCCGACUGCUUUGACAAAAGCGACGAGAAAGGCUGUCCUAAGGUCAAGUCAAAGUGUGCCCCUACGUUCUUCGCCUGCGCUAAUGGCGUCCACUGCAUCAUCGGACGCUUCCGCUGCAACGGCUUCAGCGACUGUCCCGACGGGAGUGACGAGGACAACUGCACAGGCAACCCAUUGGUUUGCUCGGAAGCUCGCUUCAAGUGUCGAAAUGGCCACUGUGUAGAUCGCAGCUUCUUGUGUAACGGCCAGGACAACUGUCAGGACAACAGUGACGAGGAGCUCUGCCUAACUACAGCAGAAGCUCCGGGGCAGGACUUUGUGACACUGGACUACCGUUUGCGUUACUACCCCAGCAUCACCUAUGCCGUCAUCGGCAGCGCCGUUAUCUUCGUCCUGGUGGUGGCAUUGCUGGCUUUGGUGCUCCAUCACCAGAGGAAGCGGAGCGUCCUGCUGCCCAGAGGCGUAAGAGGGAGCUCACAUCACCACCAUCAUCAUCAGCCCCUGCUGCUGUCCCGUCUGGUCAUUUUGGACCGGGGCCACAUCCACCCCGGAGGUCCAGGUCUCUCCCCUGGCUCCCCCACCACAGCGGGCCAGUACUGCUCAACUCCUCAGGCACUGCAGCUGCUGUCUGGUAGCCUAUAUCCCUCCGGACACUCCAUUGACUCACCUCCGUCAUACUCGCAAGCUGUUCUGGAUGUCAGUCGGCCUCCCUGGUUUGAUCUCCCGCCUCCCCCAUACCUCUCAGAUGGGGAGUUUCCAUCAGAUGGCGAGCUGCCUCAAUACGAGGGCCCACAAGACCCUUUGAGCGGCGCGACAGCACAUCCCUCUGCACCCUCCACACCCAGAACUGUGGCCUCAAGCACCCAGCCAAGUUCAAGCUCCAGAGAGGAGUCGGACCAGCUGUAGUCACUCUCUUGUAGAACUUAGAGACUGUAGUUAGACUGCAGGACUGAAGGACCAGGCUGCAGGGCCACAGAAGGCCAGGACAGUCAACAGCAAAAAUUUCUAAGGAGAAUCAACAGGGACUAAGAGACAGUAGACUAAACAGUGCCCUAAACUCGCUGCCUACACAUCGAUUUGCUGAAGCACUGUACUGAGACAAGCUCGUCCUGCUGGACUGAUCUUGUAGUGCUGGCUCCCCCUGCUGGGAUCAUGGCUGCACUACACCUUAAUCAGUUACACAUUCAUUCAUUCUUCAGUUCAGUUGAAUUUUGGUCCCCUUGAAGAAAUACUGUGUCUGAUACCUAACAGUGACCACAACCUGCAUCUCCAAAGAAGUAUGAGUUAACCUGCCAUUAAUUAACACAUUCAUUAACGUAUAACAUGUGAUGAUACAACCUAAAAUGUUUUGAUAACAUGAUAGAGCUGAGUCAAAGUGAUGCACCGUUUUCUAAUACUUCUCACUUUACUGCAACUACAAUAUUUUCCAUAGUGGGGUUUAUAAGAGAUUUCUAUUGUGUUAAAAUUAUAAAAUACCUGAAUGCAAAAUAAAAUCUGUACUGUUGAGAAUUACUGCUACAUUGAAUGACUUACUGUACUAAUUUUAGCAAUGACAUGUUAUUCUUACUGAAAUUGAUACACUUUUAGACAGUACAGUGGUGUUGUAUAAGAGUUUUAAUAGUUUAACAGAAACACAUGCUGUUGUGAUAUAUAAGAGGAGCUCAAUCAGUGGUACUCAGACAUUUAAAUGUGUUUUUUCAGUGUGGAUGUGAACUGAUUAUAGUAAAAAUGUACAUUUUGUAACUUCUUAAGUGGUACUUCAAACUCAUAUUAGCAGAGUAAAAAUUGAGAGGAAAAUUUGAGAAACAUUUCUAAAAGAGCACACAGUAUUUCACAGUAUUUCUUUGUUAGAUUCAAGCUCAAAAUGUGAAGAGGACCAUUGAGACUUUUUGAACGCUGAGAAGAAAUUAACUAUAUAUCCUUACCAACUGAGUUUCAUAAAUCAUUCCUCCAAGCAAAAGUACCAUCUCUGUUUUCAAAGAUGUUUUCAAUAAUGUUUUUAUGUAGGGACAAAAAAAGAAAUACAAAGGAUUUUGUUGAGGCCUUAUUCUGUGAUAGUUUUGGUCGUAAGUGCCUUUGUGUGUAAUGUGUUUGUGGGCACAAACUGCCUUUUUAAAACCUCUAAAAAACAGCGGCCUAGUCUCUGAUUUUACACAAAGCUCACAUGACAACAUACAUUUUAAGAAUGUCUUGUCUUAGAUCAAAAUUUGCUUGCGAUUUGUAAUGUAUAUAACUGGUUGUGUAUCAGUCUGGAAAAUCAUCCUCAGUAGUAUUAGACAAUGACUGAUGAAAUCCAUAUCUGAAGGAUCUGUGUAUACAAAUGUACUAUUGUCUUUUGACCUUUGUUUGUUCAUUUCAAAGUGGUUUGUUCAACACUGUACAGAGGGAAGAGAGCAAGUAAAGAAAUCUAUUUAAAAGUCUUUAAGAGUUUAAAGUGAGAGAUGAAUGUGUAAAUGUAGUUGUGCUUUGCAUCUUUAUUUUUCCUCUAGAGCCAGUAGUGAUAAUGCAGGCACAAGAAAAACAAUCAAACCAAAGAUAAUCAUUAUUAACCUUUACCCAAGCAUAUUACCCCCCCAAAGGAAUGAUUAUGUGUCACGACUGUUUGUACCUUUAUUGUAUUAAAAUGUGCAAAGGUUUAUUGAGUAAAACAGAAUUCAUGUUAUUUGCUGUAAAACUGGAAAGCAUUUCUCAGGACAAAACCUAUACCUGUCUGUUCUGUUGUUUAUAUCUUGGUUUUAUUUUAAGGAAGGUUUAAGAUCAAAUUCCUUUUUCUGCCCUGAUUUGCUCUCAUGAGGUUAGUAUAUUACAUAUUUGUGACCAUCAUGAUCUUUUUAUCCCUUGUAUUCUGUACAUCGAAAGUAAUAUAAAAUUCUGACUCAGA